AGCGAACAGCAGGGGGCGGUGUGAAAUAAGAGCCUGGAGGAAAACUUCAGUGACCAAAGAGGAAAAGGAAGUAAAGAAGAGGCGCGCGCUCUGUUUGUGUUUGAAUCACGGAAACGAUUUGUCUGCUCCACCAAAAUGGCUCAGGGUCAUAAAUUUCAGGACCUGGAGGAGAUGGGGGAGGCGUUGUUGGAGUACAUCAACAGCAGCCAAACUGAAAAACUGAGACUGAUGAAAGCCGAACAUCAGACCCUUUUUGACCAGCACAUAGAAACCAAGAAGAUCGUAACAAAGAUCCUUAAAGAAGAAGCUCAGAUUGCGGAAAGUUUCGGCCAGCAGCUGCUGGACAUAGAGGAGGAAAAGCAGCAAAGGAACCGGGAGCUGCAGAGUGUGGAGGAGCAGCUGAGGCAGUGCAUGGCCAAGAGCCAGAUCACUGAUUCAGAACUACAGUUCCUGAAAGGAGAGUUAGAGAGUUUGAAAAACACCGAACAGCAUCUUGAGACUCUUCAGGGUGAGGUGGAUGAAGACACCACAGAGGUUAUUCCAUCAGCAGUGUACGUGGCCAAGCUGUACUACCUAAUAACCAAGAUCAAGUGGGAAUAUGAUACACCUCUGAACAUCUUAAAAGGAGUGCACUACGGCGCAGACCUGGCAACUCCCAUCAACAUCGACACAUCAACACGCUCUCGGAGUAACGUCAGCGACCAGCUGUGGGGCUUUGUCAGCACUGAAUAGUUGACAAACAGUGUUGGAAUAUUGUCAGAAACGUUGUGUACAUAAUGUAUUUGUUUGUCUGUUAACAUGGUGUUUGUUGUUUUUAAAUGUAAU